AUGCCUGGAGAUCAUACAGACGAUCUCCUUCAACGUCACAGACGACGUUGUCUCCGACCGAAGAAAUCGACGCGUCGUAAGGCAUGCGACGCUUGUGUACAAGCAAAAACCAAAUGCACCUAUGCCCACCCAUGCGCGCGAUGUGUCGACCGGGGAGUUUCCUGUGUUUAUGCCUCUGGCUCUGCUUCUGCCGACGCGCAGCCAGGCCCAAGCAACGACAACGCCUUUUCGCCGUUAUCCACCCCUAGCUUCACCCCCAUCCAACCUCCGGUCCUGCAGUUCCCCACGCAAGGGGUAACCGACUUUGUCGCGACCGAUGGCCCUGGCCCUGGCCCAGUAGUUACACUGCCCUUAGAUUUCCCCGAAACAAGCUUGUCGAACCUGGAUCUGAAUCUGAAUCUGAAUGGGAAUGGGAAUCCCCCCGUUGUGCAACCCACACUGAGAGACCUGAUUCGCAUUGUGGAACAAUAUCCAAAGUGUCUCCUUCGAGAUGAUUACAUUUCGCCAUUCCUCCAUCGCAGCCUCUACGAGCAAGAUGUACCGGACAUGACGACGCUUGCGCGGACAUCAAUGGCGGUCUGCUGUGGUAGUGCGAUGGAGACAGCAGACGGCGCACGCUUUGCUCAGCAAGCGAUGGAGGUCGAGCGCCAAAGACUAAUCCAAACUUAUCCCACGUACACGUGUAUGCAACAGUGGGAUGCUUUGCAUGCCAUGCUUGUCUACGCGAUUCUCGAGCUGCGGGCGUCAAAUAGUCGCUCGGGAGAAGAGUGGAAGCAGCGGUCAUAUUCCAAGGGCUUAAAGGCGCCAUUCCUGGCCAAGAUGGCUCGAACUUUGAUUCGCUCGCAUAUGCAUGAUCUAAAUACCGAUCUCAUGUCGGUCGCAAUGCCGAUGAUGUCGCAGAAAUUAGAGCACUGGGCUGUCGCGGAGACCACGCGACGCACGAUCUUCCUGGCUAAUAUCGUUCAUUUCCUUGGUCAUUGUGAUCCAGAGACUGAAUCCCCUUCUCUAUACUAUGAGCCACUUGAUGAUGAAAUGAUCCUGAAUAUGCCACUCCCAUCCAGCCACGUCUUGUGGACGGCGCGCUCGGAGAUGGACUGGGAACUGACUAUGGAUUACUGCGAGCAGAACGCUUUGACUAUGACAGAUAUCUCAUCUUCCUUCAAUGUCGGCCCAGGCUGUCUUAAUAUUAAGCAGGUUCUUGAAAGCUAUCCACGGGACUAUUUGCAGACACUGCUCAUCUCGAAUAUUGGAGUUGGUGGCUCAGAUGAACUACGGAAUUUGAUCAUUCUAUGUGCUUUGCAGCAAUUUGGCUGA